UUAACGUUGAGCACAUCUGUGAUUCUUCUUCACCUUAAAAUUUCGUUCCAAUGUAAGCAAUAAAACGCAGUAUUAGAAGAAUGGCCGUCACUGUGGUCUGAUAAGAAGGUACUUAGAAUGGAAAAACAAUGUCUAUCAAAAGCCAGAAAUAACUUGAACGAAUCUACUAGUUCUUUUGAUGGUGAUCAAGACAUCCCCAAAGCUGAUACAAGCCCUAGUCCAACGGAAACUGUGUGUUUAGAGAGUUUAUGUACUGAUAGUUUACCAGGUACAUCACAUAAUUCAUUAAUAUUACAAGAUGAGGUGACAGAACAUAAUCCUUUAGAAGAGGAUAGAACUGAUAAAUCAACAUUUUUAAGUGAAGUGAAUCUGGAGGAAUGUGAAGAUGACCAAGAGGAAAAAGAAGAGAGGUGGGAGGAUUGCCUAGAUGAUAUUAUUGAAGUUCCUGCCCCUUAUGGUUUAUUAGAAGAAGUAAUUAUUGUUAAGGAUGAAGACGAAUCCCAAUUUAUUACUGAAACUGUGUCUGAUAAUAGUUGCACUACAAUACCGUCUAGUUCUAAUCAUAAAUAUUGUUCUACAGAUUCAAAUCCUAGGUGUUGGAGGAAAAGAAAAUUGGAUAUUCAAAAUGGUUUCCCUUGUAAAAAACUUUUACCCGAUGAUGAUCAUCAAAAACUUUUUUGCACCUCCCCAAAUGAGACCAUUGAAGAUGGCGAAACUACACCUCCUAAUGAUGAAAUUUGUAGUUCCAGUCACAUGACACCUAAUGAUAAACUUAAAAGAGCUGUUAUACCAACUAAAGACAAUCCACCACCAGAAAUGUCUGAAUGGUUAAUGCAAUUUCAACGUUGGUCGAAUGCAGAAAGACUAUUAGCAAUAAACGAAUUAAUAGCAAGAUGCGAACCGACUCAAGUACGUCAUAUGAUGCAAGUGAUAGAACCUCAGUUUCAACGAGAUUUUAUAUCAUUGUUGCCGCGUGAAUUAGCGUUAACGGUUUUAUCGUUUUUGGAACCGCGCGAUUUAAUUAGGGCGGCGCAAACAUGUCGAAGUUGGAGAUUUUUAGCGGAAGAUAACUUAUUAUGGAAGGAGAAGUGUAAAGAGGCUGGUAUUUUUAAUUGCGCAACUAAAAGGGGCUCACCAAAAUCAAAUAAUAGUCAAAUGUCAAUGUGGAAGUUAGCGUAUAUGCGUCAAUAUGCAAUCGAAUUAAAUUGGAGAUCAAAAUCAAUUCGACCCCCAAAAUUAUUAAAAGGCCAUGACGAUCAUGUAAUCACCUGUUUGCAAUUUAGUGGGAAUAAAAUCGUUAGUGGUUCGGAUGAUAAUACGUUGAAAGUUUGGAAUGCUGUAACGGGAAAAUGUCUUCGUACGUUAGUAGGUCAUACUGGAGGUGUGUGGUCGUCGCAAAUGUCUGGAUCAAUAGUUAUUAGUGGUAGUACGGACCGAACUUUAAAAGUUUGGGAUGCUGAUACUGGGAUAUGUAAACAUACUUUGUAUGGGCACACCUCCACUGUUAGAUGUAUGCACCUCCACGAUAAAAAAGUAGUAAGUGGUUCCCGCGAUGCUACUUUGCGAGUGUGGGAUAUCGUAACUGGGGAGUGUUUACAUCAUUUAAUUGGUCAUAUGGCGGCUGUCCGUUGUGUGCAAUAUGACGGAAAAUUGGUUGUGUCGGGUGCAUAUGAUUUUAUGGUGAAAGUGUGGGAUCCAGAACGCGAAGAGUGUCUCCAUACUUUACAGGGUCACACCAACAGAGUUUAUUCUUUACAGUUUGAUGGAGUUCAUGUGGUUAGUGGAUCAUUAGAUACAAGUAUUCGAGUUUGGGAGGUUGAAACUGGAGCUUGUCGACAUACUUUGAUGGGGCAUCAAUCACUUACGUCGGGAAUGGAACUACGAAAUAAUAUUUUAGUUUCAGGAAAUGCGGAUUCAACGGUAAAAGUUUGGGAUAUCGUCACGGGACAAUGUCUUCAAACUUUAUCAGGACCAUUUAAACAUCAUUCAGCCGUAACUUGCCUACAAUUCAACAAUCGUUUCGUAAUAACAUCUUCCGAUGAUGGAACUGUAAAGUUGUGGGAUGUUAGAACAGGUGAAUUUAUUAGAAAUUUGGUCGCUUUGGAUAGCGGUGGUUCAGGCGGCGUUGUUUGGCGGAUAAGAGCUAACGAUACUAAGUUGGUGUGCGCCGUUGGAAGUCGUAAUGGAACUGAAGAGACCAAAUUGUUAGUGUUGGAUUUCGAUUUGGAUCCAAUGCUUAAUCCGAACAUACCUAGAUAAAUUAAUAUUUUAUUGACUUAAACAAAUGUGCGUGUACGUGCGAUUGUGGAGGAGGUGAAAAAGAUGCGAAUGAAGAGUGAAAAAGAAGAUUUCGUUGAAACAAAGUUGUGUAGAGAGAAAAAAGCUACCAUUUUUAGAGUUAAUUUUCAUUGACUUUUGUUUUGUGUGCCAUCUUACUUUAUUAUUGGAUAUCUUGAUGUUGUGGGGGGAAUUAACUUUAAAAGUGGUUUGCAGAAUCCAAUUAUUUUUUUCUUAAAAAAAACUUUAAAAUGAAUAAGCGGUCUGGUGCUUGUUUCUUUUUGAUGUGAAAUUGUUUUUUUUUUGCAAUUUUGUUUUUUAAUAAUUUAUAGCGGGAGGCUUAAUAAUAUUAAUUCCUUUUUGUUUUUAAAUUAUAAGAUGAAUUUGUAGCCCUUUAAUAGACGUAUUUUUUAUAAAAAAAUUCUAAAUAUUUAAAUUCAUUUACUAAAAAUGUUUUAUUGAGUUUAUUAAAGGGUUAAUACUCAAAUCAUCUAAAUGCAAUUUUUUCUAUUAUAUCAAUUGUAAAGUUUAAGUUCAAAUUUAAGCUAAAGCAUUUUUAAUCAAAAUCUUAUUGAUAUCGAAUGUUGCAAAAACUUUUUUGUAAUUAUUUUUUAAUCUUUUCCUCAUUAGUACCUGAGUUUUCCCAUUGAAACACAUUCACUCUGCUAGUUUGCAGGUUCUUAACUAAAAUACAAACUGAGAAGCGUCCCGUUGGCCAAGUAAUAAAAAAACGAAUCUCUGUUCCUAUCUAUAAAAUAUACAAGUGUUUAAAAAAAUAAAUAGAUUGAGUUAUUUAAUCAUUUUUUUUUCUGAAACACGUGUAUAAUAAGAUUGAUAAGCAGCACCAGAAAGACUGAUGUACGUUAAGUUUCUACAUGUUGUACAAUUUAAGUUGUAAUACCACGUAAAUUUGCUGACAAAGAUAAGAAAACAUUAAUAUCAUUUUAAUUAAUUUUAAGAACACUUUUUUUUGUUUAUUUUUUAUUUAAUUAUUUACCUACCGGUGAGAUUUAACAAAAAAUAAAAUGAAAAAGAAAAAACCUGUGGUCGCUGCUCAAUAAGAGUCUUGUCAUAGCUCAAUAUACUGUGUAUAUAAUUAUUAAUAGAACCGUGUAUAUGUAAUAGUGCCGCAAUUAAGACAUCACAACAUAAUAUUUUAAAUAAAACAGAAAAAAAAAA